AGAAAAAGUGUAUAUACAAGAAAAAAAAUUAGGACCAUGCAAUCGUUCAAAGAUUUAUCAAGAAUAACUUACAGAAGAAAAAUAUUUCGCCGGUACUACUGUUCUCAUCCACAAGACACACUUGGACCUCCUGGUAGAUUGAAGAGAUAUUUAAUAAACAAAUUUGUAAAGACGAUUGAAAAAUGUGAAAAUUUUGUAGAAACUAACAAUCCUUCAGCAUUCAAAUUUUACAAGACUUUUAAAGUUGGAUUUAAUGAUUUAUUGGGGGAUACAAAGACAUAUUAUCAAGUUAGUAAAGAUAUAUGGUAUAACAGCAAGGAACUACAUACAUUUUCUCGUAAGGAACUUGUAAUUUAUCAACAGAUGCCAAGUGAGAUGAUAAAAGCAGCCCCCAUGCUUGUAGUAGCUAUGAUGCCUGGUGCUUUUGUUGUCUUUCCUACCAUACUACCAAUAGCCUACCUUUAUCCCAAAUUAUUAUUGACAAGUCAUUUCUGGACGGAGGAAAUAAAGAAAGAAGUAUAUGAACAAAGACAUAAAGACAGAAUAAAACAUUUGCCAUUAAUUCUAGAUCACAUGGAAAUAGCAUGUAGACAUAUACCUCAUACAGAAUAUAAACUUAAAAUGGAACACAUAUUUCAUAAACUAGAAAACUCCUUGCAUCCAACAGUUGAAGAAAUUUUAGAAGUAAAGCCAGUAUUUGAGACUUAUAACUUUAAGGCAGAGAAAUUAUCAUUUGCAUAUUCUAGACAUCUUGCAAAAACAUUUGGGUUUUCAUUACGAAGAUCAAAGUUAGUACAAGAAGGAUUGAUAUUACUUCAUACAGACUUGGCUAUUGUCAGGGAGGGUUUUAACUCUAUGACCGAGGAGGACAUCAAUACGUCUUGUCUAAGUAGGGGAUUAAAUCCAUAUGGAAUGAAUAGAGACGAAAAGGAAAAUUAUUUAGAAUCUUGGACUCAGAUAAGUAAAGAAGUAGAUGAACACAGUAUGUCCUUGUUAUUACAUGGACCAGUAUUAUUAGCUUUAAAUCAUCCAACUAAUAGACAUUUACUGGGGGGUAAAAAAUUUAGAUGGAGGCGGAAAAAGAAAAAGGAAGUAGUUUGAAUUGAAAUUUAAGUACUAAGACCAUACUACAGGUAUAAUAAAAAAAAUGCUGUGACUGAAGACAUCUGUGGAAGCUUUGUAUAUUGUUUUUCCUCUGUCUAGAAUCAUUAACAUACUAAGACAACUAAGGAGAUUGUUUGUACUGACAAAUACAAAAGCAAGGGACAGUGGAGAGCCACUCAAAGAUUACUGUUUUUAUGAUUAUUGUUGUCAGAAGACUUGCAGUACCAGAUAGUUUAUAAUUUUCAGAAUUAUUUUGAUAGAAAUGUUUAUGCCCAAUCAACCAAACAAAAGCAUAAUGGGUACACAUUGUGUAUCACUGCUUACAAAUAAAAUUUUAAUCUUGUAUAUUGUGUAUCAUAUAAUAUUUCUAACAAUACAUUAUAUUGCCUUUUUGUGAAUAAUAAUAAAAUAGUUAUACAGAAAACCAUCCAUGAAUUAAGGUUAUCAAAAAACCAUUCUAGGUACAUUUUUGGGGUUUUACAGGGACUAACUAACAGAUCUGCCAAAAAAUAAAUUGGUGGACAAAUUUAAACAACAUUAGCAUAAUGCCCUUAGUUUCCAUUUUAAACUACUUACUUUCAUUGUCAGCUUUAUUGAUAAUCGUAUAUGGCCACUGUAAAUAAAAAUAUAAGAUACAAUUGAACAAUCGAUUAACAAAUGAUACUUGAUUAAAUUAUAUUCUGUAUUGAAUUUCUAAGGCACUGAGUGAAAAAUACAUUCCUGUUUAGAUAACCAGUUGAUAAAGUAUGAGCUCAAAUUGUUGCCAUCAAUACUUUCAGAUGAAUAGGUGGAAGUAUUCUAAUAUAAUUUUUUUCUAAAGAUUCCUGAAAAUGUUGUGGUUUUUUGUCGGGUCAAAGCUUAAGAAUUUUAAAAUAUCUUUUUCUGCUUUUAUGACCAGAUCUUUUAUGUUUAUGAUUUUGAAAGAAGUAUGUUUUCAUGUGACAAUAAUGGUCUUAUAUUGUAUACUAUUAUACUAUUGUAUUAGUAUAAUAAAAUUUGUUUUUAAUUUCAUAAUUGCAUUUAAGUGUACUAAUUUGUUAUUCUAAUUUCAUUAUUGCAUUGAAGUAUACUAAUUUGUUAUUCUAAUUUCAUUAAGAAUAUUUUAUGUGUAUGGUGAUAAUGAUUGUUAAUUAUUAAAUUAUAUAAAAG